GUCAUGGCAAGUGGUUCCUGGUGCCUGGCUUUACAGAGAGGGCUGUGGGACAGGCUGUGGUUCCUCAUGGUGAUUAACUUCUCUGUCUCCCAUAAAACUUACUCUUCCUCUUUCAUCACUGACUUGUGGCCUUUCUGAGUUUGGAAAAGUACCUGGAGAGCACACUGUCAAGCAGUUUGAGAUUCCAUCCAGCUUGUCCUGGUCCUUGCCCUUCACGUAGCCAAUGAGGGAUUUCUGAGGCAGCAAAGGGGCCCCAGGACCACUCAGAUACCUGGAAUGGUUACAGUUGUAGUUCACUCAACAAUGUGUAUUAAACAACUACUCCAUAUUAAACUUCUGGAGACACUAAGCGUAACUCAGUGAAUGAAGCAGACACCCUGUCUGGGCCUCAAUUCUAGUCAGAGAGACAGUCACUCUUGACAUCAUUAAUGGGUCCCUUCCACCAUACAUCCUGUGUGACAUCCUCAUAUGCUCUUGGGCAUCUGGAGGCAUCUUCCCCCAUUGUGAGUGGGAUGGACCACAGACCCACCUAAAUAAGUGAGUGGUCUAUGGGUCCAGAAGGAGGGUUUCCUGUCUCUAGCAGAGAGGGUAGGGGAAGAACAUGGGGGCCGUGGCUCUGCCAGGCCUGGAAGAACACUGUGUCUCAAUUAUAUUUUGAUUCCCCUUGGAGGGUUAAGUUCUGGUAGCUUCUUCUCAAAGAGGACAGGAGUAUAAGAGAGCUUUGUAUGGGUCUCAGGCCCCCUGAGAACCAGAAGGGAGUCUGGGCUGAGUUGUCCCCUAGAGACCCAUCACCACCAGAGUCCCAGCUCCUUUGGCCACCCUUUCUCCAAAUCCACCCCUUGUGACCACCACCAUCAGGUCCAGAGCAGGAGGUGCGUGAGCAAGCUGCUCACAAAUCUGCCUGACUCUUCAUUCCAUUAACCCACAUGCAUGGAGAGCUGGGGUGGACGUUGGGCCCUUUGGGAGAAGAGUAUCAGUGGGAACAAGAGACUGCCACAGACUCUGUGUUAAACCUGCUGCAGGAGCAGGCCUGCCACUGCCAGGACAGCCAGGCAGGGUUCAAGGCUGGGAUGGGGCUUUCCCCUGGAAGGGAUGGAGCAGGCACAAGGGUCCCAGUCCAAAUGAGAGUGCCUUAGGACAGCAAUGUGGAAGGAAAGGCCAGGCCUCUGACCCUAUGGCCCAUCUGCCUUCCCCCAGUGCUAUCUAUUUGAUGUUGGGAAGCUGUCUGGACCAAGGGCAAGAUUGCAGGGAGCCCCUGCAGUUUCCCUGUUUGACGGUGAAGCUGGCCACUGUUCACAUCAUAUUUGGUGGCUCAGACCUGGAGGGCCAUGCUUGCCUUCUGCCAGACCACCUGGAGCAUCUCAAGGCCACUGAGGCCGAACAGAAAGAGCCAGCUCCAAAGCUCCUGUCACUUCCAGAGCCAGAGCCAGUGCCAGUCCCCGGGCUAGAGCCAGCUGCAUCUCCAGUCUCACCACCCGUGGUAGAGCUGGAGCCAGCAUCCCCUGAAUUGGCUGCUCCAGGACGAGAGCAAGGGCCACCAUUAAAGGCAGCCCCAGCACCAGCUCCUGCACUGGAGCCCACUGGACGCUGUGCUCUACUGAGACUUCCAGUUCCAUCUGCACCAGUCACAAGCCCACCAGAUCCAGCCCCAGAGCCCACCUGCCCCUGGGCCAUGACCACCAAGGACCAGCUGUGGGAAGAGAAGCCGAACCUCUUGGACCACCUUCCUCAGCUUGUGGUAGAGCAGCUGACAAGUAUGGCUGCAGUGAGCAGCGGGGCUCACAGGGCGGUUGGUCCCUGCCUUCCUGGUGCCAUGAGCCACCCCAUACCUGCCAUUCCCUGCUCACGAUUCCGAUGAUCUGGGUUCAAAUCCCUGCUCCCUCCCUUACCAACAAUGUGAC